CACUUUACAGCUCUACUCUCUCACUGAUCUCUCUCUACACAGAGCUGCCGUCGUGAGUCUUGGCUGUCCUCGUCGUCGUCGUCGUCGUGGGUUUGUCCGUCUCGUGGUCGUGGGUGCUUGUUGUGGUUCUGGUCUGUUGGGUUCGUGUGAGCACUGCGAGAAGCAAAAAUGGAGGGAUCUCACGAUCAUCCGUACGUGCCCAGAGAUUUGAAACUCGAAGGUUAUGUGCCAUUGGUUCUUCCUAUGUCUACCAUUGUUGGAAUCUAUGUCGUGGCUUCACUUGUCGUCGUUUCCAUAGUCUGGAUCUUCUCUGGGAAAGCACAAAAGAUAACAAGGAUAGAAAGGUGGCUAAUGUGUUGGUGGGCAUUCACUGGCCUUACCCAUAUGAUACUUGAGGGUUAUUUUGCCUUCUCUCCAGAAUUUUACAAGGAUAAGACUGCAUGUUACUUGGCUGAAGUUUGGAAAGAAUACAGCAAAGGGGAUUCAAGAUAUGUAGCCAGGGCUUCUGAUAUUGUUGCUGUUGAAGGAUUAACUGCAGUGCUUGAAGGUCCAGCUUGCCUUCUUGCCAUAUAUGCAAUAGCUACAAGAAAGUCGUAUAGUUACAUUCUUCAGUUUGCCAUUUCUUUGGGGCAACUCUAUGGAACUUUCGUAUACUUCAUAACUGCAUUUUUGGAUGGUGACAACUUUGCCACAAGUCCAUUUCACUACUAUGCAUACUAUGUUGGUGCCAACUUCUCAUGGUUGGUGAUACCGACUCUCAUUUGCAUCCGGUGUUGGAAGAAGAUCUGUGCAGCAGUGGAGGUGGCUCAACCUCAAGCCCAGAAAAAGACCAAGACUCGCUGAGAGCUUAAAUGAAGAUGGUAACUUUAGCCCUUUUCACAACUUUAUGUAAUAAAUUAUGAUCAAUUUCUGGGACUUUUUUUUGGAUGAUUUAGUGAAUAAUAAUAUUCAAUGAAGUCAGCACAAGGUGGUUACUGCAUUUUUAUGCCUUGUAGAAUUUUGAUAGUCAUUUUUCACAGGAUAGUCCUUUUUACCACUUUAAUGUGAUAAAUUUAUGAGACUUUUUGGAUUAUUUAGUUACAAUAAUGAUAUGCAAUGAAGUCAACACCA